UGGAGGCGACGGGAGGCGCGGGGAGCCAGCCGGGGUCGAGCGUCGGAGGAGGCCGCUAGAGCCCCGCUUGUCACAGGCCACCGGGCAGCCACUGGGCACACGCUGCGCGCAGUGAGGAGCCACCGCAGACCCCCUGCACCAAACUUCAAGUCCGGAGCAGGGGUGAGAGGCUGGGCAUCAAGACGGGUGGCGGAUAGUGUCAGGACGCUGCCCCCCUCCCCGGAGACCGCCACCUCCACCCCACCUCUGCUGAGUCUCAGCCCCUACACUCCGGCCACUAUAUUGCCUUUGGCCAGGGAUGAAGCCGGGAGGCCGUGGCCCCAUGGCGGCCCGGGAGUCCGAGCCCGCCGACCUGCCCCUGGUUCUGCCGCGGCCCUGGGCCUGUCCCGCUGACGUGCGGCUCUGCGGCCACCUGCGGAAGCAGAAGUCCCAGCGCCGCCGUUUCUUCGUGCUCCGAGCCGACCCACCACGCCUCGAGUGCUACGAGAGCGAGAAGAAGUUCCGUGCCGGCCAAGCGCCGCCCAAGCUCAGCGUGAGCCUGGCGGGUGCGUGCACCAUCAGCAAGCGCGUGGACGCUCGCCAGCGCCACCUGAUCGUCCUCUACACGCGCGACCGCAGCCUGGGCGUGGCGGCGGCCUGCGAGGCGGAGCAGCAGGCGUGGUACAGCGCCCUGCUCGAGGCGAGCGCGGCCGCCGGUCCCAGCUUCCACGAGGACCCCGGCGCCUGGAUUCUCGCUCCAUUUCAGGACGUCUGGCCCGUGAUGCUGCGGCCCAAGGGACUGGGGCGAACACCAGGCCUGGGCAGCGGCCGCUACCGCCUGUGCCUGGGUUCGGGGGUGCUGAGCCUGCUGCGGAAGCCCAAAGGCAGAGGCUCUGGGGACACCCAGGCUUCGCCGCCCGCCCUGCGCCUGUCCCUGCUCAGUGUGCGCCUCUGCGGCCACGCAGACUCUUUCUUCUUCCUGGAGCUCGGCCGCUUGGCGCCCACGGGUCCCGGGGAGCUGUGGCUCCAGGCGCCCGACGCGGUGGUGGCCCGAAGCAUUCACGAGACCGUACUGGCCGCCAUGAAGCGACUCGGGGAUGGCAGUGCCAGUGGCAGGGCUGAGCCACUGCCAAGGGAUGCCCCCACGAGCGCUUACAGACCCUCUGCCUCCCAACCUUAUGCGACCCUGGCCUUGGCAGCCCAGUCAAGCGGCCUGAGCCAUCUCGGGGGCCUGGGGGAGAGGAGCGGGAAAGCAACCCGCAAGACGCUGGCAACGGCAGCCUUGCUCCCCAAGGACUUGGUGCGGGAAGGGGGCUACGCAGCCAUGGGAGCCGGGAGCGACUACGAACCCAUGGGAGGUGGCGAAGCAGGUGGCUACAUGGUAAUGGCAUCCCGUGGCCUUGCGACUUCUGCCCAUGCCGCUCCCCACGACCCGCUCCAACGUUGCGGGGUCACCAAAUACAUGCCCAUGAGCCGCUUUUCGCGGGGGUCCUUGUCCUCGAGCUCCCUGCCCCGUUCCUAUAAGCUGGGGGCCUGGGAGCCUGGACCUUCCUUCCAAGGCCCCUCUCGCAGCAUUAGGGAACGUUGGGGACCAGCAAGGACUCACCCCUCCUUGCAGCCACCCUCAGAGCUAGCUGGGGAGUACGUGUGUAUCAAGUACAUGGCUCCGGACUACUUAGGAAUGGGCACUGCCAUACAAGAACCCCACAACAGCCGCCUCAACUAUGUCGACCUGGACCUGAUCCCUCCACUGGAGGCUCGAGGCAACGCUCCCGGGUCCAGCACAAACCGCCAGCACAGCUAUGCCCGCAUCAAGUUCCAAAACCUCAGAGAGGCUCCGAGUUCUUGCAGCAUCACUCCAGAGUCUCAGGUCAACCUUGGCCCCUGACCCUGCCUCCAAAGAGCUGCCCCACUCUCUGGAGUGGGACCUGCUCCUCCCUCCCCCGCAGCUGCAGGGCCAAGUGCCUUGUGUCUCCUUCCAGCCACAGAACCAGUUCCCUGUCCCCGGGCCCCAGAGCAAGAGGGCUGAAGUA